GUUAAUAUUUUCCGACAACUGAAAACACCCCGGACUAGCCGUUUCCUCUCUUAUUCUUUGACAUAAAUGUUGAAUGAUGAAGUCUUUGGUCGCGUUGUUUCUCUGUUACGGAGUGUCACCGAUGUUCACGUCAUUCAACGUCUCAGAGGAGAAGGCUAGCUGCCCCCUUGGCUAUUUCCCCUGCGGGAAUCUGAGCGCAUGCCUGCCUCAGCUUCUUCACUGCAAUGGUGUUGACGACUGUGGAAAUCAAGCUGAUGAAGAAAACUGCGGAGACAACAAUGGGUGGCCUCAUCUCUUCGACAAAUACUUUGGGAUCCCAAACUACGACCUUGGAACCAAAUCCAAUACGUGCUUGUUGGGCCUGGUUCCUGAUCGGUGUCAGUGCCGAGACCUGGAACUGGACUGUGACGGCGCUCAGCUCCAGGACGUUCCCGCCGUGGCUGUGAACGUCACCAUGAUGUCCUUACAAAGGAACAGACUCCGGAAACUGAAUGCUGACAUAUUCUACAAGUACCAGAGUCUUCAGAAACUAUAUCUCCAACACAACAGGAUUCGAGCUGUGAGUCCCAGUGCAUUCAGAGGGCUUUACAACUUGACACGACUAUAUUUAAGUUACAACAAGAUCUCCAUUCUGAUGCCCGGAGUGUUUCAGGACCUGCACAAGUUGGAGUGGUUGAUCCUCGAAAACAACAAUAUCCAUCAAAUCUCCUCACUGACAUUCUCUGGGUUGCACUCUCUGGUUCUUCUGGUUCUGUUGAACAAUUCUCUGACCAAGUUGGAUGACAUCUGCAUGGAGAUGCCAAGAUUGAACUGGCUAGACAUGGAAGGAAAUCUAAUUGAAAAUGUUGCAAAUGUAACCUUCUGCUCAUGCAACAUGUUAACAGUGCUGGUCUUACAGCGGAACAGAAUUCGCCAGAUACACGAACAGGCCUUUUCCCUUCUACAAAAACUUGGGGAAUUAGAUCUGUCCAGUAACAAACUGGGAGCGAUCCCACCCAAUCUCUUUGUUUAUUUGGAAGAUUUACUCCAACUGAACAUAUCAUAUAAUCCUAUCGUGAACCUACAAGUUGACCACUUUGAUGACUUGCAUAAACUGAAGUCGUUGAGCAUCGAGGGGAUCGAGAUUGGGAACAUACAGCGGAGAAUGUUUGAACCUCUCAAACACUUGACUCAUAUAUACUUCAAGAAGUUCCAGUACUGUGGCUACGCUCCGCAUGUACGCAGCUGCAAGCCCAACACGGACGGCAUCUCGUCGUUCGAGGACCUGCUGGCAAACAUCGUCCUGAGGGUGUUUGUGUGGGUGGUGUCGGCCACCACCUGCUUCGGAAACAUCUUCGUCAUCUGCAUGCGCUCCUACAUCCGCUCUGAGAACAAGCUACACGCCAUGUGCAUCAUCUCCCUAUGCUGCGCCGACGGGCUGAUGGGUGUUUACCUGUUCAUGAUCGGAGCGUACGACCUCAAGUUCCGCGGCGAGUACAACCGGCACGCACAGGCCUGGAUGGACAGUGCCCAGUGUCAGGUGAUCGGCUCCUUGGCCAUGCUCUCCACCGAGGUGUCGGUCCUCCUCCUUACCUACCUCACCCUGGAGAAGUACAUCUGCAUCGUCUACCCCUUCCAUUACCUCACCCCUGGCAGGAGGAGGACGGUCAGCAUUCUGCUCAGUAUUUGGGUGUUCGGGUUCAUCAUCGCCUUCCUGCCGCUGGUCUGUAAGGGCCUGUUCCGGAACUUCUACGGCACCAAUGGAGUGUGCUUUCCUCUCCACUCAGAACAACCGGAGACAACCUCGGCACAGGUGUACUCCAUAGUCAUCUUUCUUGGUCUUAACUUGGUGGCGUUCCUCAUCAUAGUGCUGUCAUAUGGAAGCAUGUUUUACAACAUCCAGAGAACAGGCACACAGACCACCAAGUACAGUAACCAUAUCAAGAAUGAGGUGACUAUAGCAAAGAGAUUUUUCUCCAUCGUCAUCACUGACUCUCUUUGCUGGAUACCGAUCUUCAUCCUGAAGAUCCUGUCUCUCCUGCAGGUGGAGAUUCCCGGGACAAUCAGCUCCUGGGUGGUGAUAUUCAUUCUACCCAUCAACAGCGCCCUCAACCCUAUCCUCUACACUCUGACGACGAGGCCCUUCAAAGAGACCAUCCUGCAGGUGUGGGACAACUACCGCCAGAGGAGGCCCCUUCUAAGCAGCCACCCCGCCCACCACCCCUCUCUCACCUGGCAGGAGAUGUGGCCGCUACCCGAAAACAGCCAGACCCUCACCUCUCCAGAGUACCUGCCAAACCCGUCAGAAGUCUCCUGCACGACAGGAAAAUCACAGCUCAUCACAGUGGAAAGUACAAAUGGCGUUUAGUACAUCAGCCCUGGAGAUGCGCUGAUAGUAUUGAUGCCCAACCGCCAAUGCAACUCCAACAUGGGGACAUUGAUUCGUGUCAUUGGAGACAUUUUGUGAAGUCAGGGAUGUUUAUAGGAUCGAUGCUCGAAAUGGACAGACAUCGCCCAAGCUGUUAAUGGAACUGGUGUGAUUAUUGCAACGUUCCAUUGAGGUUCCAGCGAAGAGAUGUUUCAUUCAUUCAUCCGCUCAGUUUGUGACUGAAAGACUCUCAUCAUCUUCUGUGGUUUUCAUGACCGUGAUAAAGUACUUAUUUUUAUCAUGCUCCAGAUGUACAGAACACAAUUGUAUAAAAUAAAUUAAAUGUCGUCAUUUGAUGUUAUGGACUGAAGAGGUUUGGUUACCAUAGUGUGGUUUUCAUUGUCCCAUGUCAUUAUUUCACAUUAACUUAUUGUUUAAUUUGUGUUUCAUUAGUACUGGGCGAUGCUGUUUUAAUAUUUUAUGCAAGGUUGGCAUUUCAAGACAGUCGUCUUCAAGUUUCAUCUUGUUUUCUAGUCGUCUUCUUUAAAUUCAGACGGCUGCUUUUUCAGAUCUUGAUGUUCAAAAGUCUCAAUAAUGGCGAACGUCUAUUGCCUGUGAAGAUACAUUUAUAACACAGACUACCAAGCCAGAGACUUGUUGUUAGACCCCUCAAUACUGUGGACAUUUAUUUUAUAACAUGAUGACACGUAAAAAACAUGUUCCCAAUCACAAUCCUACAACUGUAACAACGUGCGUCUUGUGCUUUACGUGAAGUUUCAUUUGGUGUGACUAUUAUAUUCCUGUGAGUUUUGACUUCGGACUGUCAGGCUGUUUAGAUAUUGCCCAUCAUUCACCUCGUUCAGAUAUCAAUUCUCAGUCUUGUAGAUAUGUUCAACUGCCAUAAUAAAGAAA